UUCAUCAUCAAAUCCUCAAACAACUUCAAGAACAAAAGAGUGCUUUUCGAGGCCCAAAACAAAAACAAAAAACCAUAAAAUGGCAUUCUCGAAAGGACUCAUUUUCGCGAUGAUGUUUGUGGUUUUGGCGAUAGUUAAGCCAUCAGAAGGUGCUCUUGAUGCACAUUACUAUGAUCGAUCGUGCCCCGCUGCUGAAAAAAUCAUACUUGAAACUGUUAGGAAUGCUACUUUGUAUGAUCCCAAAGUGCCUGCUCGUCUCCUCAGAAUGUUCUUCCACGAUUGCUUCAUCAGGGGAUGUGAUGCGUCCAUUCUACUUGAUUCGACACGGUCAAACCAAGCUGAGAAGGAUGGUCCUCCUAACAUCUCGGUACGGUCAUUUUACGUGAUCGAAGAUGCUAAGAGAAAGCUAGAAAAGGCUUGUCCUCGUACCGUGUCUUGUGCCGAUGUAAUCGCCAUUGCAGCCAGAGAUGUGGUCACCCUGUCCGGUGGUCCUUAUUGGAGCGUACUGAAAGGGCGAAAAGACGGGACAAUUUCGCGAGCCAACGAGACUAGAAAUCUCCCAGCACCAACAUUUAAUGUUUCUCAACUGAUCCAAAGCUUUGCAGCAAGAGGAUUGUCGGUGAAAGACAUGGUUACGCUCUCAGGUGGCCACACCAUAGGGUUCUCUCACUGUUCUUCUUUCGAGUCCCGUCUUCAAAACUUUAGCAAAUUGCACGACAUUGAUCCUUCGAUGAACUAUGCGUUCGCACAAACCCUGAAAAAGAAAUGCCCGAGAUCAUCUAACCGAGGCAAGAACGCAGGGACAGUCUUGGACUCCACGUCCUCGGUUUUCGACAAUGUUUACUACAAGCAGAUUUUGUCCGGGAAAGGAGUGUUUGGGUCUGAUCAGGCCCUUCUAGGCGAUUCUCGGACUAAGUGGAUCGUUGAGACGUUUGCUCGAGACCAAAAAGCUUUCUUCAGAGAGUUUGCAGCUUCCAUGGUAAAACUUGGAAACUUUGGAGUCAAGGAGACCGGACAAGUGAGAGUUAACACUCGCUUCGUCAACUAAAAGCAUAACCCUAACAAGCAACCAAUUGAGAGUUUUCUUUUCUUCAAAUUUGAUUUCAUUUAUACUUGAUAUUAUAAUAAUGUAGACCGGCCAACUUAUGGAUCGGUUAUUAAACCUUCUAAUUCUCU